AUGAAUCCAGGAACAAAAACAUGUGUGAAAUUGGAUGAUGCAAGUAAAUUCAAGUACCUCUUCAUAGCUUUGGGAGCUUGCAUUGAAGGGUUUGCAUUCAUGAGGAAAGUGAUAGCUAUGGAUGCGACAUGGCUGAAGAACAGAUAUGGUGGUGUUCUAGUUUUCGCGAAAGCUCAAGAUCCUAAUAGUCAUAGUUAUCCACUUGCGUUUGCAGUACAAGAUGGUGAGAAUCUUGCUAGUUGGACUUGGUUUUUCGAGAUGCUUAAAAGUGUUAUACCAGACUCUUCUGAACUGGUUUUCAUGAGUGAAAGAAAUCAGAGCCUGAUCUUCGCUAUAGGAAACGUGUUUCCACAGGCUCACCAUGGGCAUUGUUUAUGGCAUUUGAAGAAAAAAGUGAAAUGGCAUGCUUGUAACGUCAACGAGAAUAUAGUCAGGCAUAGAUUUAUGGAGUUGGGCAGAUAUUACACGGUGGGUGACUUCAACUCUGCUUACGACUCAUUUAAGAAAAUAUAUCCUGCUGUGUACAAGUAUGUGGAGGAACAUACUGAAAAGGACAAAUGGGCAAGGAAAUUCUCUGAUUGGUUCACUCAACGGAAGGAUGCUGUUUGUAGAUCAAUCGGUACAAGACUGGUGCCUGUGGUUGAGAACCACUUGCACGAUCUAUGGGCUGUUGCACAACAGCUAUCUGUACGGGAGCUUAAUAGUUAUGAGCUUAAGUACGAGAUCACUGACACUGCAGGAAGAUGUUUUGGGCGAGCUUGGUUGGAAAAUCUUGUACUUGCAAGCCGCCUUAAUAUCCAUGAGCUGUGCUCAAAAUACUACUGGACGGAACUGUGGGCUUUGGCGUAUGACAGGACACUUUAUGUUGUGCCCGACAUGUCUUCUUGGAAUGUACCGGAUCAGAUCGACGAGGUGAAGAUCAUACCUCCGGAUCGUAUCACGGGGAAGGGAAGGAAAAGAGUUAAAACUACUUAA